ACCCUAAUUUCGCCGCGUACGGACAGGUGAUUGCUGUCCGGGGAAGGGCGGGGAAAAUCGCGAGGCACGGCAAGCAGGACAGUCCCAACUCCCAACCUAUUUGAUUCACAGGUCGCAGCGAUUUUACUGGUUCGGACGCUCUACACCACCUAAAUGUCCAUAAGCGAACACUAUCAAGCCAUCCGUAUUGCUUGAGCAGUUAAGUUUCAGAUGGAGGGAAAGACUGAGGAAGUCGAAGAUAUUGGAAGUGCAUCUAGUGGUUCAUUUAUUGAUGAUUCAGAUGAUGGAUAUUCAACUUCUGAAUUAGAUGACAAAGCACAUCUGGAGGAACCUUUGACUGAGGAAGAAAUUGAAGGUCUGAUUGCUGAGUUGUUAGAAGUUGAGAGCAAGGCUGCAGAGGCUCAAGAAGCUCUCGAGGAGGAGUCUCUUAACAAAGUAGGGAUCGAGGUUAGGCGAGAGUUGGAGCAAACUCUUCAAGGCGAUGAUUUGGAAUCUGCUGUUGCAGAUGAGAUGACUACUUUAAAAGAAGAGUGGGAAGCUGUUCUGGAUGACCUUGAGACUGAAAGUGCCUAUUUACUGGAACAACUUGAUAUGGCUGGUGUUGAGCUGCCAAGGCUUUAUAAGUGGAUAGAAAGGGAGGCUCCUAAUGGUUGUUUGACUGAAGCUUGGAAAAAGAGGAAUCAUUGGGUAGGUACUCAGGCAACUGAAGAAUUUUCUGAGUCAGUUGCCGAUGCUGAGAAGUAUCUACAAGUCUACAGACCUGUUAGAAGACGACAUGGUAAAUUAUUGGAAGAGGGUGCCAGUGGUUUUCUUCAAAAAAAGCUUGAUGAAUCCAGUGAACCAGUAAAAGAAAAAGCUGAGGUAGAUUGGGGUAUGUUUAACAAAAUAUUUCACAACAGUGGUGAUGCUGAUGCUUCAUUUGGCAGCAAGAAUUGGGCUUCUGUUUAUUUGGCCAGCACUCCACAGCAAGCUGCAUUGAUGGCACUUGAAUUUCCUGGUGUCAAUGAGGUGGAGGAGAUUGAUGACAUUGAUGGAACUUCUACCGAUCCAUUUAUUGCAGCCGCAAUUGCAAAUGAAAAGGAACUAGAGCUUACUGAUGAGCAGAAGAGAAAAUUUAAAAAGGUCAAAGAAGAAGAAGAUGUGAUUGUUGAUCGGAAGCUUCAAAUCCAUUUAAAACGAAGGAGGUAUCAAAAGAAUAAAAAACAGAGGGAAACUAUAGAGAGUGUCCAACAGAAGUCUUCAUUUAUUGAUUGCUCUAAUCCUGAUAUGAAGGAAGAAACUUGUGACGAUGAUGGCGAAAAGGUGACUAACAAUGAAGUUGGGUGUCUGAAUACAAAAACUGAUAAUAUUGAAGAUCUGGAGAGCAGUUAUGACCAUGACAAAGUGAAGCCUAUGAAUAUUGGCCCUUUGUCAGAGCUCUCUAAAUCUUUAUUGCCUGAUGUCAAUCACAGAGGUACCAAGCGACUAAAUGAUGGUGAAGAGUAUUAUGAUGCUAAAAAGGGUCGAACUACUAUCAACAGUGGUGAUGAAGCUGAUGCAGUUGAAAAUAAUAUAGUUAGGAAUACAAAUGCAUUAGAUGAUCAGUCUGAGAUGCAAGGCACUUGUACCAGCAUUGCUGAUUGUCUUCCUUCACAGCAUCUGGAUAAGAAAUUUUGCUGCACUGUUUGUGAUAAAGUGGCUUUUGAAGUUCACCAACAUCCUCUUUUGAAAGUGAUUAUUUGCAGGGAUUGCUAUUCUUUAACGGAAGGAAAGAAACGUGUGAAGGAUCUCAAUCCUGAUAGCUCUGCGUGUUAUUGUGCAUGGUGUGGAGGAAGCAAUGAAUUAGUUAGCUGCAAGUCAUGCAAAGUGUUAUUCUGCAACAACUGCAUAAAGAAGAAUCUUGGUGCAGAAUUCCUUUCUGAAGUUCAGACCACUGGUUGGCAUUGUUGUUGCUGUCAGCCAAAUCUCUUGCAAGGACUAUCAUCACAACUAGAGAAAGCUAUGGGAUCUGUCGACACAUCAGUUUCCAGCUCCAGUAGUGAUUCAGAUAAUUCACAUGCAGAGAUUGAUGUUACUAUCAGUUCUAAGCGAAAGCGCAAAAAGAAGAUUAGGAGGAUCCUUGAUGAUGCUGAAUUAGGAGAGGAAACAAAAAGGAAAAUUGCAAUAGAAAAGGAGCGUCAGGAACGUUUGGAGUCUCUGCGAGUACAGUUUUCUGCCUCAUCUAACAUCAUGGGAUCUUCUGGAUGCAACGGGAAUUUAUCUGAAGGUGCAAGUUCUGAAGUCCUAGGUGACGCUUUAACAGGCUAUGUAGUGAAUGUUGUGAGGGAAAAAGGUGAAGAGGCUGUCAGAAUUCCUCCUAGUACAUCAGCCAAACUGAAAGCUCAUCAGAUUGCAGGAAUAAGAUUUAUGUGGGAGAAUAUAAUACAGUCAAUCAGAAAAGUGAAGUCCGGGGAUAAAGGUCUUGGCUGUAUUCUCGCUCAUACAAUGGGCCUUGGCAAAACCUUUCAGCAAUGAGAAGCACUGAUCUGGGGUUAAGAACUGCACUUAUUGUCACACCUGUCAAUGUUCUGCACAAUUGGCGGCAAGAGUUUAUCAAAUGGAGGCCAUCAGAAGUAAAACCGCUGAGGGUCUUCAUG